AUGCAUUGCGGUGCCCAAGCCUUGCGCGCCAUUGCUAGGCAACAGUAUUGGAUCAUCAAUGACAAAACAAUGGCAAGAAGCAUUGUACAUAACUGCGUGCGAUGUACCAGAGUCAAGCCCAAAUUAAUGAGUCAAAUCAUGGGAAAUCUACCGAGCGAGAGAGUCACACAGGCUCGGCCCUUCUUUAACUCUGGAGUAGAUUACUGCGGCCCCAUAUGGAUUCAUCACAAGAUUCGAGGAAAACGUCCCGACAAGGCCUAUAUCGCAGUGUUCUGUUGCUUCGCCACGAAAGCAAUUCAUUUGGAGUUGGUAAGCGACCUCACAACAGACGCCUUUUUGGCCGCUCUCCGCCGGUUUCUUGGACGUCGAGGGAAGUGCCAGACAAUCCAUUGCGAUAAUGCAACAAAUUUUAUUGGAGCCAACAAUAAAUUAAAAGAGCUCGAAACCAGCAUCUUCUCAACCAAUGCGCAGGACUCCAUAGUUCAGCAUUGCAACAAAAGAGAAAUAAACUUCAAAUUCAUUCCCCCACGAGCACCAUCCUUCGGUGGCCUAUGGGAAGCUGCGGUGAAAUCCGCAAAACGGCUGCUAGUAUCAAUUACAGCCACGGCGUCUUUGACGUUUGAAGAACUCAACACUGUGGUCGUUGAAGUUGAAGCGAUCCUCAAUUCACGGCCGAUUACUCCCAUGUCAUCAGACCCCACUGACGAAUCAGCUUUAACGCCAGGACACUUCCUGAUUGGAGAACCACUAACUGCUCCUCCUGAUACCAACAUCAUUCCGGGCGGCAAACCAUUAGUAAAAAGAUGGGAACUGGUAUCACGACUGAAGCACGCGUUUUGGAAACAAUGGUCAUGUGAGUACCUGCAAGAACUUCAGAAUCGACACAAAUGGAAGCAUGCAUCUCCGAAUAUUAAAGAGGGAUUGUUAGUCCUUAUAAAAGAGGACAACGUGCCUGUAAUGAGCCUAUGGGAAGAGUUCUCAAAACAUAUCCCGGACCGGACAACCUCGUUCGGGUAG